AUGGAUGAUUUUGUUUCCAGGAAGAGGCGGCGGCUGUCUCAGUCAAGCGUGGAGGCCAGUGCAACACCAGCUAAGGCGCCAAGCACGCCGAACCCAGAUUCCUCUGGCGAGGACUCCACGGACAUCAAAAUUGCCAUCUUGCUCUCUCUGUUUCCAGAUCUCAAGCAAGAGAACCUGUUGGACAUAUUAGUAUCAUGCGAUGGGUCUGUGGAGGCCGCUUCUUCACUGCUCUCAACCCAAGUCACCUCAGGUUCACCAUAUAAGAAACGAGCGACCUCAGCUUCCGCUGUUGGUGCUCAGACAUCAUUAUCGUCACACGUGCUCACCAAAGCAAAGGAUGGAUCUGUUACCACUCUUAGUGAUAGCCUCGUUCGUCGAAAACCUUUGUCUACCAAGAAAGGACAAACUUUACACCUUUAUUCCCCCGAGGAUAUUGCAGCCUACACACCAUGCACAAUUAUCCACAAUUUCCUUCCUACCGAACAGGCGAAUGCACUGCUAGUCGAACUACUUGACGAAUCAAAACAUUUUUCACAAUACGAAUUUCAGCUGUUCAACCGAACAGUUCAGAGCCCACAUACAACGAGCUUAUAUGUUUCAACGCCCGAGGAAUACAAACAACAUACCUCCGAGUACAAGUAUGGUGGCACAUACCGAUCAAAUGUUCGACAAGCAACACCAGGGCUUCGCUCCGUGUCCCGAAAAGUCCAGCUUGCGGUCAAUGAAGCUGUGCAGGCUCGCAUACGCGAGGUUUAUUCAGAUGGCAAGAAGCUCAAGUAUCAGUCAUCGAAGGAAUGGAGACCAAACGCAGCCUUUGUCAACUGUUACGAUGGGCCCGCAGAAAAUGUGGGGUAUCAUUCCGAUGAUUUUACUUAUCUCGGCCCCCACCCGGUCAUUGGUAGUUUAAGUCUAGGCGUGGAACGAGAAUUCCGAGUCCGUCGAGUACUACCUCGGGAUGAGGAGGAUGAUACUGGCCAAACAGGCACCGAAGACAAGCGCGGUACUCCCUCAAAAGCGACCAAUGACCGAAAGUCAUCUACUGCUCGUGCAGACGCGCAAGGACAGAUCUCCAUCCACCUCCCACACAAUUCCCUCCUGGUCAUGCAUGCAGAGAUGCAGGAAGAGUGGAAACACUCAAUCGCCCCUGCGCAGACUAUCUCUCCACACCCAAUAUCAGGCAAUCGGCGGAUCAAUGUCACUUAUCGCUGGUUCCGCGACACUUUUCAUCCGCGAAAUACACCUCGAUGUCUCUGUGGCGAGCACGCGGUACUUCGGUGUGCACAGCGCAAACAAGAAACCCGAGGGCGGUAUAUGUGGAUGUGUUAUGCUGGAUAUGUACCAGGCAAAGAAAGCUGCUCGUUCUUCCAGUGGGCCGAGUUCGACGACGAUGGGGAUCCUGUGUGGACUCAUGAGCCUCGGGAGGAAAAGGUUGCUCCAGCUUUGACCAAUUUUUCAGCUUCUCAAUAG